CGACGAUCGUACCGUUGAUUUUUCGUCGCCCUCGUCGAUGGUAAUCACGAAAGUGUCACAGUGCCGUGUAUCUCGCGUCUUUAAGGGCUGACCGUGGAAAACGGCGCGGCGUGGCGAACUUUUCUCAGGCAGGUGCGUCCGCGAGCGAGGAAUCUCGAGUUUGCCAAGGGGUUUGCGAUAUUUUUGAGCUUCCUCACCGGAACUCGAUCGAUCCUCGUCGUCGCCAAAAGCAGCAGAGAUGAGUAUCCAGAAGCCUGAAGAUCUUUUGUCGGUUGUUAUAUCAAAUGAACUUCCACCGUCUUCAAAUUCCCGACAGCUAUUUAUAAGUCAAGAUCAACAGGAUGAAGAAGCGUCCGAUUGUCCCCUAUUAACACCAAGUCCACCACCUACCCAAACAGACGAGACUCUGCAAUCGACGCCGAUAUUUAAUGCUCUGGAAGGAGCUCCAUUAGAGAUGAUACCCACGCCAACGCUUGAGAAUAUUAAUACGGAAGAUGGGCUCAACUUCAUGAACAUAGUGAAUAGUUCAAGUAAACCUUUACACGACGAACCGAGUUCACGCGAUCCCAUGGUGGAGUCCACUAGCAGCGGUAGCAGCAGCGAUUCGAAUGAACCAGUUUGUGCACAAUUGUUGACGCAAUUAAAUACUGCCUAUCAACAUCUCGCACCAGAUGCUCAAGCUUUAUUUUACAACCAGGACAACGGUGGCAAGCCACCGCUCGUUGGGAUUCAACUGGUGGUGCCAAAACCGCCCAAAGAUUAUCGCUUCAUGAAGUGGAACUGGCCGUUGAUACGGAAGACAUGCUACUGGUCACUGAUGUCGAUCUUGACCGGGUGCGCCGCACUCGUUAUCGGCAUUAUCGCUACAAUGCCUACGAAAUGCGAUCCGCCGGUGGAAUGGUGGCAAGGCAGCACUUUCUACGAGAUAUUCCCGGCGUCCUUUCAGGACUCGACGAAGGGCGCGGAUGGGAUCGGCGAUCUGCGUGGGAUAAUCAUGCGGCUGGACUACUUGAAGAACCUCGGAGUACGGGCCGUCCGACUGAACUCGAUAUUCCCGGCGCCGCAUUAUCCGGAAUAUUACUCGAACAUCAGCAACAUGACAGGAGUGAACAAAGAGUUGGGCACGCUCGAGGACUUCUCCGGUCUCGUGCGCGCGAUCCACGAGCGUAACAUGAGCAUAGUCCUCGACUUGCCUCUGUACCCGUUCGUGAAGAGUUCGAGCGGCGAGGCGCCGAGGGUGAACGUGACUGAACGUGCUCUUCGAGAGAGACGAGAUUUCGCGGAUAACAUAGUAAUUGGCGACGCACGUCUGCCGUCUACGCCGUCCGCGUCGGUCGAAGUUAUCCGCGACGUCCUGUCGUCGCCGCUGCACAACGUGAAGAGACACGUGCUUCCCACGGUUCGUCAACAGGAGCACCCGGUUAGCGAGGCCGUCAGGGUUUGGCAGCAGCGAGGGGUGGACGGCUUCUAUCUGAAGGGCCUGGAGCAUUACGUCGACGAGAACACGUUCGCGAACGAUCUCCGAUACUGGAGAUCUCUUCUACGCCCGGGCAAUAUCUUCAUCUGUCACGUGAGUGCCCUGGACGCCGCUACCUCCGUCGUCGCAAGGAACUCCAUCCUGUCCAGGAUAGAUCUGAUCGACGUGACUCUUCGUCUGGUGAACGGCACGAGGAACAUCAAGGCACAGAUCGAGAGCAUUACGAAGGGCGUGCUUUUUGAGAAACCCGGGUACCCGUGGAUCCACUGGUCCGUAGGUAGUGUAGACACCAGCAGAGUGGCCUCCACUAUUGCCGUCAGAAACGCCAGCAUGGCGGCUUCUCUUCUCGCCAUGAUGCUACCCGGGACACCGAGUAUCUUCUAUGGAGAUGAGAUAGGCAUUGAAGAUUGUGAGUGCUGGGAUCACAAGGAUUUGGCACACGUCCACAAUUUAGUUCCUAUGUAUUGGGAGAAGGAAGACGGCUCCGGUAGCAGUUUCUCGCCCUCGGGAGUUACCGCUUGGCUACCGGAAGCUGGAAAACCUAUGGAAACCAGUUUGAAAAGCACCAUUACAAAAAUGGCAAAGCUAAGGAUGGAAGCGACGCCGGUUUACAUAAAAGCGGUGUUGAGAGAGAGCCAAAUUACCGCGAACUGUGAUGUUAGAUACGUGGAAGAUGAAAUGAUCGUGAUUGAGCGGUGGUACCCACGAAGAAAUUCCUAUGUGUAUGUGGCUAAUUUUGGCAACAAGACACGCGUAAAAGAUUUGUCGUUUCUUUAUUACGGCGGUCACGUUGUUGUUGGGCCAAGAUACAGAAUGAACAAAAACGUGUACUUCAAAGAACUUAUCGUACCUCCCGGAGAAGCGUUUGUUAUAAAAUUGGAUAAGUGAGAGCAAUAGGCUCGCUAUCGGUCAGAUUUUUAUUUUGACUUUUAUUAUAUAAAACAAUUGCCAGUGUCAUUUAAACACCAUUAAAAAAUAUGAGAGUACAACGAAAAAAAAAAAAAUUUUAUAAAAUUUUAUUUUACGAAAUUUCAGGGAUGAAAUAAUUCUUGGAUUAUACAAAUCAGCGAUAAGAGAUUUUUCGUAAAUAAUACUUUAGGAAUAAAAAUAAAUAAGGUAAUUUUAUUUUAUUGUUUUUAUUAUUUUUUAAUUGAGAGAAAGAGAAAGCGAAAGAAAAAGAGAUAAAAGAAGUAAUAUCGGAAAUUAAGGAAUAAAAAAAUGGUAUCCAAUAAAUUUUUUGCUAUGAUUAAUACAAAUAAGAUAUUUUACAAUAUAAUAAAUGUGAUUAGUAUUUUUAUUGCAAAAGAUUGAAUCUUUACAACGAAUUUUAAUGCAUAUCGGUCAGAUUAUAUCAAUAAAACUGUUAAUUAUGUUUGGAUUGAAAUUUUAUAACACGCACAUAUUUAUUCUGAUUUUAAAAACACUGCAAAGGCAAAAGAUUUUUAUUUUUAUGUUCUUAAGUUCUUUUGAUAAUAAAAUCAAAAUCCAUCAUAUAUCAUAAUGCAUUGUUGUAACAAAAUUUAUCAUAAUUAUUAUAAGACGAUCAGAAUAUAGUGGUAAAAUUUCUUCGUAAUAUAUAAAUGCGUUAACUCAAAAAUAUUUUUUACGACAUAACAAUUAAAAUAAUCAUUUUGGCUACUUUUACAGUGUUGUUUAAUUUGUUUAUUGUUGAUACCGAAUCGUAUAUUAAAUUAUAAAAUUAUAUACGAAUUUUGGGAUAAUUAUAUAUAUAAGGGAUAUAAAAAUCUAUUGUAUGUAUUAUUGACUGUGUGAAUGCAAAGAAUUUAUGUUAAUGAAAACGUCUUUACGUAUUUACACAGACAAAUAAAAAGUUCUGAAUGUAUUGCUAAAAACAUCUUUAUUGUAUAAUAAACUUUUUAUAUAAUAAAUAUAAUAAGAAAUAUCAAAUUA